AAACAAAUCGGAAACAUGGCUGAGGUCGAGGAAACUCUGAAGAAGAAACGUACCUUCAGGAAGUUUACCUUCCGAGGAGUUGAUCUUGAUCAGCUUCUUGAUAUGCCCAAUGAGCAACUAAUGGAGUUGAUGCAUGCUCGCGCGAGGCGGCGAUUUGCUCGUGGUCUGAAACGCAAGCCCAUGGCAUUGGUAAAGAAGCUGCGCCGCGCGAAGAAGGAGGCUCCUCCAAAUGAGAAGCCAGAGAUUGUAAAAACCCAUCUGCGCAACAUGAUCAUUGUCCCAGAGAUGGUUGGCUCUAUUGUCGGCAUUUAUAACGGCAAGACCUUCAACCAGGUUGAAAUCAAGCCCGAGAUGAUUGGUCACUAUCUAGGAGAGUUCUCGGUCACAUACAAGCCUGUCAAACACGGUAGGCCUGGUAUUGGUGCCACCCAUAGUUCCAGGUUCAUCCCGCUCAAGUAGAGUGGACCAUAGGCUAAGUGUUAAAAAUGCACACUUGUUUACAAUAAAGUAAUAGUGUGAAAAA